ACUCGGCCCAAUGGUUACUUUUCCCAGCCACUUAACCCACAAGUUGGGCCAACAAUCCAUCUAAUAGCGCAAUCACUGGUAAUCGCCAGAGUAUAAAGGCAUAAGGACUCAUGGAGUUGCCUCAAAGGCAGCCGGGAUAAUGGCGAAGCAAGAGGAAUCCGAACUGGACACCCACAGUGCUGUGUACUACCACUGGCGCGUUUGGGAGCUCACUGGCCUGAUGCGUCCUCCGGGGGUCGCUAACUUGCGAUACCUGGUGUACUCCAUAACGGUCAACUUGGUGGUCACCGUGCUGUUUCCCGUGAGCUUGCUGGCCAGGCUGCUGUUUACCACCAAUAUGGCCGGAUUCUGCGAAAACCUGACCAUUACUAUCACGGAUAUUGUGGCCAAUUUGAAGUUUGCGAAUGUGUACAUGGUGCGGAAACAGCUCCAUGAGAUCCGCUCGCUCCUAAGGCUAAUGGACGCAAGAGCCAGACUGGUGGGUGAUCCCGAGGAGAUAUCUGCCUUGAGGAAGGAAGUGAAUAUCGCACAGAGCACAUUUCGCACCUUUGGCAGUAUUUUCGUGUUUGGCACCAUUCUGAGUUGCAUCCGCUUGGUCGUUCGUCCGCAUCGAGAGCUCCUGUAUCCGGCCUGGUUCGGCGUUGACUGGAUGCACUCCACCAGAAACUAUGUGCUGAUCACUAUUUACCAGCUCUUCGGUUUGGUUGUGCAGGCUAUUCAGAACUGCGCCAGUGACUCCUAUCCGCCUGCGUUUCUCUGCCUGCUCACGGGUCAUAUGCGUGCUUUGGAGCUGAGGGUGCGUCGGAUUGGAUCUCGGAAGGAGAACUCCACAGAAGGGCAGUCGUAUGAAGCCUGGCGAGAGGAGGUGUACCAGGAACUGGUCGAGUGCAUCCGCGAUCUGAUGCGGGUCCAUCGGCUGAGGGAGAUCAUUCAGCGAGUCCUCUCUGCGGCCUGCAUGGCCCAGUUCGCCUGCUCCGCCGCCGUUCAGUGUAGCGUCGCCAUGCACUUCCUGUACAUGGCGGAUGAGCACGACCAUACCGCCAUGAUCAUAUCGAUUGUCUUUUUCUUGGCCGUUACCUUGGAGGUGUUUGUAAUCUGUUACUUUGGGGACAGGAUGCGGACGCAGAGCGAGGCGCUGUGCGACGCAUUCUACGACUGCAACUGGGUGGAACAGCUGCCUAAGUUCAAGCGGGAACUGCUCUUCACAUUGGCUAGGACUCAGCGGCCUUCUCUCAUCUAUGCAGGCAAUUACAUCGCCCUCUCGCUGGAGACCUUCGAGCAGGCAAGGCGCAAUUUCACUAUUUCAAAUGUUUUUGAUUUGUUGUCAUAUACUUGCACUUGAUUCCAGGUCAUGAGGUUUACCUACUCGGUUUUUACACUCUUGCUGAGGGCCAAGUAGGAAGAUCAUAAUCCCUCUUUUACAAGACAAAGUGUUGUUGUAAAUCGCAAACUCGCAAAAA